AGGCUGAUCUGAAGGGAGGAGGAGUUUCACAGAGAAGUUUGUGUAAGAAGAAGAAACAAUCUGAGGCAGCUUCUCAUGUAGACCUCCUUCAACAAGUUGGAGCAGUGAAGCGGAUCAAGGAAGAGCUGCUUUCACCAAACAGCCUGUUAUGGAAAUCCCUGCCAUCAAUCUUAAGGCCAUAGUACUGGUGCACUGGCUGCUGACAAUAUGGGGGUGUAUGGCGUGGCUGCCCACCUCCUUCGCUUGGGGGAACUUCGGCGUCCUAGCUGUGGGGGUCUGGGCCAUCGCACAGAGGGACUCGGUGGAUGCCGUGCUCAUGUUUCUGAUGGGGAUGGUCGGGACUAUAGUGACCGACAUCGUCCAUUUCGGGGUCUUUUACCCGCUGAGUGACUUCGCAGCCGAGGGUGGGAGGAACGUGUUCCGCUUCAGCGCGGGAAUGGCCAUCCUCAGCCUGCUGCUCAAACCGGCGUCCUGCUUCUUCGUCUACCAGAUGUACCGCGAGCGUGGAGGAGAUUACAACGUUAACUUUGGUUUCCCCUCUGUAUCACGAAGCAGAGAUGCCUACCAGUCCAUUGACCGGCAGGAUGAGACUGCCACCCCAGCGAAUCCCUUCAACCAGGCUGAGGAGAGCAAACCACCCGUCCGCACAUACUGAGAGAAGCAAGCGGUGAACAAUGCAGUGUUUUCCUCUGACUUUUUAUGCAGCAGCACGGUGCCCAGGGGCAAUUUUUUUUACAAUCGAUUCCACAUCGGUCUCUGUGUUUUGUACAGUCGGUCUGCUGCAGAUCGCACUGACAGCAAAUUGAGCACUUUUUAUUAUGGUAAAUCAUUAGCUGUGUUUGGGUUUCAGAAUGAAAUGUGGCAUAAUUAAACCCAUUUUAAGUUUUUCUUCAGAUGUUUUUUUGCUGAGCCGGCACAUCACUGCUGAAUAAAUACAGAGGAAACACUGCUCUACCACUCCUCCCAUGCUGUUACUGUUGUUACCGCCUACUAUUUUUAGUAGAGGGCUGUUGAAUGGAUCUGUUGGGUCAGUUUACUCUUUUUCAAGUGAGUCAUUGUUACAAAUGUGGCACUUAAUAAUCUUGUCUGUGAUCUGUAAAUUAUUACAUUCCCCGUUUAUUACAUUGUCUGUUUAUGCAGUAUGUAAUUAUUAUUUUCCUGUUACUCUUUGCUUUACGGUACAACAAUGGCUUAAUGCACAGUGCAGUUUUUCACACGAGAACUGAAAUGAACGUUCAUUACCGUCGUGCCUUUAUAAGCUACCUUGUGCCUUUGUACUUUUUCAACUCAUAAGAGCUGUGAAAUCCUUCGACUGAGUUGAAGACGUGAUGACGACCAAAUUGAAGUUAGAGGCCUUUCAUCUCAUAACUGGGCAUAAAACGAGCUUCAUAGUGGAGUGAACAAAAAGACAGGCACUGUUCACUUAUCUUUAUGUUGACCUAUGAAAAGCCCGUAUUAAAGGUGCAGUUUGUAGGAUUUGGUGGCAUCUAGCGGUGAGGUUGCAGAUUGCAACUAACCGAAACUUCUCCUAUGUGCCAAGCGUGUAGGAGAACGUUGGCCGGUGCGAAAACGCAAAAAUGAGUAUGGCCGCAUCUAGAGCAUAGAAUGUUUAUAAGAAGUGGACGUAGUCACC